UUGACAAUAACAUGCGGCUCAAACAAAGAUUUCUGUUUUUAUAAUCAUAUGGAUAUUAUUAAUUUUUAUCCUGUAUGAUAUGAUCAAGAUGCCCUUGAUUAUACAAGGAGUAAUUCUAGAUGAUUAUGAUCUCUCCGUUACAAAAAUUACGGAAAAGUUUCCCGGUUUGAAGGAGGGAGCAAACCAAUUUYGGAAGCAGUCAGUGAAAGAGGUGCCAAGCGCAGGAUUGUUGUAUGUCGUACAGAGAGAAUAUGCUAUCGUGUCCUCAUCAGAUGAAAAUGUAACUGUGGUUGGCUCAGAGGAUGCCACAACAUGCCAUAUUGUCAUCCUUAGAAACAGAGGAACAGGUAUGACGAGUAUUGCACAUCUUGAUGGAAGUGGAAUGAAAGGCGCACUAGUAAACAUGAUAAAAGCCAUAACAGGACCAUAUGCUGACAACCCUGAUGAACAAAUUGAUUUACAUAUGUUUGGUGGGUUUCGUGAUGACAGAGGAACGUCAGAAGAAAUAUCCAAUGAGAUUUUAGACAUCAUACAGCAGCAGCCAACCAGAAUAAACUUGUGUACUGCAUGUAUUACUGACUUGAAUGAUAUUGAAGUAGAGGGACAGCACAGACCCAUUGUCUAUGGAGUAGCCAUAAAUGUUAAGACAGGAGAGAUGUUCCAAGCUACUUUUCCUGAUAAAGGACCAGGAGGCAGUUUACGUCAUGGAAGAAAUUUUACAGGUGGCAAAGAGGUUGUUCAAAUUUAUGAUUCAUCAGUUGGUGAGCUCCAGAUUGGACCUUUUGACUAUAAGCCAUUGCAAAAUGCUUCAUUCUUCCAAGACGCGCCUGACCACCUUAUAUUAAAGCAUCUUUCAACUUCACCACACUGUGAGCCAGCUGGCUUCUGUGAAGAAACAAGAGCCACCAUGAAGUACAUCACUGAUAAUCCAUCACCAUUAACAACAGUCUUCCCUGAUGGAUUGCCUCACAGAUAUGUGAGAAGUGGGAAUAAAUGGGAAAGAAUAAAAGAUAAUGAAUCAUAGUGUCCAAGGCACCAGGUGUAUGCCCUAGACUUUUGCAAACUCUGCCGACACCCUCUGCCUACAUGUAUCUACUUCAUUGCUCCUUCACCAAGCUUGAUGCAGCCUAGGAAUUUAAGAGGAAUUAAAUUUUGAAUUUAAGUUUAAUAUAGACUCUGACAAAUUUGAAUAAUACUGAAGAUACUAAAGAACUGAAUGUUGCAUGAUCAGGAGUUGUACAGGACUGCCACACCCAAAGUCGUUUGUUUCUAGCAGCCUAUCUAAAUGUAGGAGGUUUUGAAGAUAUAUCUUAUUUGUAAUAGUUGUAUGCCAAAAUAUUUUUUGUCAAGAUAAAUGAAAAUAUGAAUAAUAAUAUAAAAACAUUUUGUAAA